UUUCAACCACAAUUCACAGAGGUAACCACAAAACUAAAGUCAAGAAAAUUCCUUUAGAAACUAAAAUAAUUCAGUGAAAAAUAUUUGUUAAUAAAAAAAAACAAAGAAAAGUGUAUUGUUAAAUAAACCACAAUGCUGGGUAAUUGCGUUGGUAAUUGCGGCUUUAGUGGACCCCCACCGCCGGACACUAUACUAUUAAUGCCACCACCACCACUACCAUCAUUUCUAUUGCCCAAAACUGCAGCUUUAGUACCAACCACCAAUGAUUCCCAUCCUUGCUUUGCUACACUCAUGUGUGAUCCCAAUCCUCAUCCACGUGAAAGUGGUAUGGAAUUUGUUGAAUUUACAGGAGGCAAUAGCAAUGGUUUGGAAAAUACCUGGCUCUUUGUAUUGAUAUCGUCUUGUGUUGGUGUUUUAAUACUGGGUGGACUUUUGGCUGUUAUUUUAUUGAAAUGUCGCGAUACUCUCUUCUCAAGCUGUAAUUUAAGCUAUCACGAUAGCAACAUUAAACAGGGCACCAUGUCAGCUUUGGGUGAACCAUCUAAAUCAAAUCCCUUUAUGGCUGGUGGUAUUUUGUACCCCUGCACUUCGGCCAACAGUCGUGACACGCUACAGAGUCAAUUGGCCAGCGAUAGUCGCCUAUUGUGGGCCACCUUAACACCACAUGGCACACGUCAUUUUAUAUCCGACUAUCCGGCUACUAGUGCACAAGAUGUUGCAGGUCACUAUGAGGUUGUUGACUAUCGUGCCAAGACACCCAAUCAACCGUAUCGCGAUUAUGUUAAACGUACUCCCAUUAAGUCCUUCGACAACAAUGGCUUUAUCGACUACGACUAUGAAGAUCCCACACCCUUAAUGGAUUCGUAUCACGAUGAUAUGGAUUCCGGUUAUCAAGAGCCCCAAGAAAUACUCAACUCAAUGCAAAGGGCCUCACCACGCCCCCGUGUCUCAUCGCCCACACGCAUAGAUAAUCCAAAUAUGGCACCAUUAAACUAUUAUCCCUCAAAUCCACGAAAUCAUCAAACCAGUGCUGCAAGUACACUACAACGUCCGACCAAUUUCAAUACAACCGCCACUCUAAACAGGAAGACAACUACAUUAAAUCGUCGCAUAAGUGAUGCUUCUUCCUAUAAUGGGCAAAAUAUAUAAGUUAAUGGUUAAAACAAAAGUCUAAGAAUUGAGUGAAGAAAUUAAGAAGAUUUGAAAUUGUUUUUAAAAUAAUUUACACAAUAAUACUAAGAUAAAUAUGUUAAGUGGUUUCGUUUAUGCAAAAAAUAAUGAUUGAUUGAUGGUUUAAGAAGGUUAAUAACAACCAAAAGAAGCUUGAAUGAUUAUAAACAAACUCAAAUCUAAACGCACAGUCGAAAUUACAACGAAAAACGAAUUUUAUUUUAAAAUGCAUACAACCAACUACAAUAAGAGAUGUUAACACCAAGCUAAAAAAUAUUUAAUUAAUUAAUUAAAAUUACUUACAAAUUCAUAGCAAUAUUUAAACUUUUUUUA